AUGAACACGAUCAGAUCCACUUGGAUUGGCUGGGGCACUCUCUGCGUCGCUGGCGGCGGUGCUUACUACUUUGCUAAACAGUCCAUCAACGCCGACCGACAAGCCCGGUUUGAGACCGAAAUGAAGCGCAAGGCCCAGAACAAGGCUAUGGAAGAUGAACACCGACGACAGGCUGCCUUGGCCGGACCAGCCUCCAUGCCGACCCCAAGUGACGACGCUAGCUUGAAGCGCGCGAAUAUGUCUCGAUUCCAAAAUGCUGCAGACGACGUUGCCUCGCCCAGUGCCGAAGCUUCGCACGAUCCGGCUGCGACCCGUCAUGAACCCAUGACUGAAAAUGACCGGGUAUUGGAGAAGGGGAAAUAUGAGGCGGCAGAGCCGUUCCGACCUCCACGUGGCAACCGUUUCAGUUAA